AUGGGCAGGGGACCGGGACCGGGACCGAGACGGGGACAGAAACCGGGACCGGGAUCGCGACAGAAACAGACAUCGGGACCGGGACAGGGAUCGGGACCGGGAUCGCGACAGAAACAGAGAUCGGGACAGGGAUCGGGACCGGGAUCGCGACAGAAACAGAGACCGGGACCGGGAUCGCGACAGAAACAGAGAUCGGGACCGGGACCGGGAUCAGGACAGGGAUCGGGACCGGGACCGGGAUCGGGACCAGCCGCCCUUCAGCGCAAUAGGAAGCAGAAGUUGCACAACAUGAAGCCCAAGCACCCGGACGAGCAGGAGAUCCCCUUCCGCCUGCGGGAGCUCAUGCGGAGCCGGGAGGCCAUGAAGCGCCCGCAUCCCGGGAAGCAGAAAGCAGCAGAGAAGCAGCAGCCCAAGUCAAAGGGCUCCAAAGCCCAGGGGGACAUCCCCGUGCCCAGGUUCAGGAGAGGGAAGGGGGAGUCGGAGCGCUCCUACGUGUGCCGCAUGGAGCAGGAGGUGCAGCGCGUCCUGUUCCUCACCGAGAACCAGCUGCAGCAGGAGCCGGAGAAGGAGCUGGCGGCACCGGAGAAGUCCAAGAGGAAGAAAGCGUUUCAGAAUAAGAAGCUGGAAAAAGCUCGGAAGAAGAAGGAGGAGAAGAAAGAGGCCAUGCUGGAGAAGAGCCUGUUGCAAGACACGGUGGCAUUUGGGGACGUGGUCACGCAGCCACCCACCAUCACAUCAUGGCCCAGGGGCCAGGGCCCUGCAGAGCAGGCCGGACGGAAGCGGCUCCUCCUGACUCCGCGCCUGGGCCGGAGCCCGGCGCUCCCGGCAGCGCCCGUGUCCAUGGCUCGGCAGCGCAUCGUGGCGGAGGAGAGGGCUCGUGUGAUCCAGGCCUACAGGGACAUCCAGAGGCGCAAGCAGCAGCAGCGGGAGGCGGCAGAGGCGAGCGCCAAGGCCGGACGCAGGGUCCCGCGCUGAGCCCAGCCUGGGCGAGCUGAACCUGGUCACAGUGGGAGCGUGCAGGCAGCGUGCAGGCAGCACCGGGCCCCAGGACGUGAAGGGGACGCUGUCCUGAUGCUGCUCGUCUGUUGCCAAGCCCUGGGACUCCCCCCAGCCCUGUGCCUAAGCUCAGGGCACCCCAUGGGCUCAGCACUGGAGCUGGGUCCCCCCUCCCAGCGCCAUGGACGUGCUUGUAGUAAAGGUGCCGCUGAGUGCUGA